GACGUGCGAUCAUCAGACCACAUCAGACUGACGUUUGCUGUCGAAAGAGUGUGUCGUGUGGCUGACCGCGCUCCCCAACUCAGUUUCCCGCGUCUUGUUUUAUUCUCAUACAACGCGCUAUUUAUUUCUUUAAAAAUAACUCACACCGUGCUAAUUUGUGUUCCAAAUUGUGCAUAGACUAUACAGUGUUUUAUACGGAAAUACUGAGAACGCCAUGAAGCGGUAGAACCAAGGCAAAACCAGUCAGUUGCUUACAAACCACAGAAUAGAAAAGUCAGAUUAUCAAAAUGGGGAGACUUCAGAAAUGCUGUUGCUGCGCCUCUACAAAGACGGGCACACUGAUCACCGCAGUGUUGGGCAUCAUCCUGUCCAUCAUCACCAUAGUCCUUGUGUGGGUGGUGAAUAGACACGAAAUAUCCUUCAGAACCUUCAUAUUCGCUGAGGAGUUUGACAAGAAACUGGCAGCUUUAGACAUUCCGAGAAUAAUCCUGACAAUUAACUUAUGCUUCACAAUUUUGAUUUGUUUCCUGCUUAUCGUCGCAGUACAUAAGCGACGGUCAUGGCUUAUGCUGCCAUGGGUUGUUCUGGGUAUUGUGCUGGCUAUCGGGCUUCUAAUCAGCGUGCUGCACACCGCCAUCACCUACUACCUGGAUGACCAGGACCACGUCAUCCUCGCUACAGCUAUACUCGUCGGCGGCCUACUCUACUUGUGUCUGUACCUAUACUUAUGGGCGGUUGUCUUCAGUCACUACCUGGACGUACGUGAUGAGGAAGAACGAGGCAGAUACACAAAGGCUCCCUACAAACGAUAGGAACUCAACGAACUUGUCUAAUUUGUACAUUUUUAACUUGACUGCACAAAGCAUCUAACCAUGAGUUUCAACUCUUAGAACACGUCUAAAAAUAUAUUACUGUCCCUUUCAUUGUAACUAAAAGUAGAGAGACAAUAAUAAGAUUUUGUAGAUAUGUUUCGGCAGUGAAACUCAUGGAUAUAAUUUAUUUCUUAAACGACUGAAUAAGCAAAGUAGCCCCGCUACAGAAAAGCUUUUUUUUUUCAAUUAACAAAUUGAAGUUACAUAAAGAAAUAAAUAUUGUAAUAUAUUUUUGUUGUAGAAUUUUUUACUUUUAUCUCAUUUACCAACGAAAUGUACUGAUAAGUAAAAAUUACGUAUAUUUAAAGAUGGUACAAAAGAUCUGAAUAUUUUUUAAAAGAUUAAAAUGCGAUCUCUUCAAACUCUAUUAUGCACAAAAACUCUUUACAUGUGCCAUUGCUUUUAGGGUAUAAAGCACAAAUUAUGAGAUAAUAUUAAAUGUCUUAUCAUAGCAAAACCAUACAAUAUACAAAUAACAUAUUUUUUUAAAGUUUGUAAGUACAAAUAAUUUACAUUAUAUUUAAAAGAAUAAAAAUAUAAUAGUUUUGUAGAUGUUUAUAAUUACAUACAAAUUGUAUUCAGCCAUGUCUUUAAAUUAAAAAAAAAAUUAGCAACACAUGUGUAUUUAAAUAAAUGUGAAUACAUUUUAAUUUAAUUAUUUAAUGUAAGUUUAUUAAUUGCCAGUGUUUAAUUUUUUAUUAGAACAUUAAUGUGGGAACUAAGCAUUUAUUUUAAAUUUGAAAAAUAUUAUCGAAGAUCGUGUAUUUAAAAAUAUUAACAGUAAAAUGUCAUAUACUAGAAAUAAAAUUAAGCCCAGCAUAUUUAUGUUGUUAUAUACCUAAGUUAUGUAACAAAGACAAGUUACCAUGUGUAGUUUUUAACGACGAUAAUUGUUUUAUGUUCUAAAAUAAUUCAUUAACUUAUUAUUGUAACUUUAUGUUGUCGUCUUUUAUGAAUAAAUGUUUUUAUUAUACGUAUCAAGCUACGUACGCAGAUUUGCUUCCUUUCCUACCUAUCCCAAAUCCCGCCGUUUGA